ACCUCUCUCUGAUCAGAACAAACGCAAACACCUCCACCGGCAAAAAAAAAGAACAGUUUCAUUAACACGGAUCUGUUUGGAAAAGGGGUUGAAUAUAUAUUCUCUAAAGACCGCUCUGGAAAAAAAAGGACUCGCCCAGUCAAGCGCCAUUUAAAUCCCUGUACAGCACUUAAAUAGGAGAGAAACUGACGAUUAUAAUCUACACUUAAGGGUGAGAAAUGGAGGUGGCAGUGAGUGGGAGCCUGAAGCGCAAAUUUGAAGAGGUGGACGGUUCGUCCUUGUGUUCUUCACCCAAGGAAUCGGAUGAUGAUGUUUCCAGCAGCGACAGUGCAGACAGCUGUGACAGCCUCAACUCUCCCAGCUCUAGGGAGCUGAGCCCAACCUCGAUCCUGAAGAAGCAGAAGCGGCUGAGGGCCAAGAAUGUUCGCUUCGACCAGGUCACAGUCUACUACUUCACCCGCCGCCAGGGCUUCACCAGUGUGCCCAGCCAGGGUGGCAGUUCACUGGGUAUGGCCAGGCGCCACAACUGCAUCCGCAGGUACACGCUGUGCGAGUUUGCUCAGGAGCAGGAACAUCUUCACCGGCAAAUGCUCCGUGACCACCUGAAGGAGGAGAAACUCAAUGUGCGCAAAAUGAAGUUGACCAAGAACGGUACGGUUGAGUCGGAGGAGGCCAAUGUACUCACCAUUGAUGACGUUUCCGAUGAUGACAUUGAUGUGGACAGUAUUGAGGUAGAUGACUAUUUCUUUUUACAACCACUACCCACAAAAAGGCGAAGAGCUUUGUUACGUGCAUCGGGCGUCAACAGGAUUGAUACGGAGGAAAAGCACGAGCUACGGGCCAUUCGCUCAUCCAGGGAGGAAUGCGGGUGUGACUGUAGGUUUUACUGUGAUCCCGAGGUGUGCCCCUGUAGCAAAGCAGGAAUCAAAUGCCAGGUGGACAGGAUGUCCUUUCCCUGUGGCUGCUCCAAAGAUGGCUGCGCCAAUGCGGCUGGCCGGAUCGAAUUUAACCCCAUCCGCGUCCGGACUCAUUACCUGCACACCAUCAUGAAGCUGGAACUGGAGAACAAGCAGCAGGAUCUGCAACAGCAGCAGCUGUCGCUGGCUGUCUCCCAUUCCUCCAGUGAUGGCCACACAGAAAUACAGGACUACCAGGAAUUCGCUGCGGAAAAUUACGACUUGGAGAACGAGACUGCCGUGAUGCACUUACAGUCUGCUGAGGAGAUGGACAGGAAAAAGGAGGAAGAAGCUGAUUUAACCAGUUCUAGUGUAACCAUGGAUACCAGUGUAGAAAGCUUAGAAGUUUGUAUAUUAGGAGAUGCAGUAGCUAGUGCCAGUGAAGCGUGUCAAGGCCUAGCAACACCAGUUGUGAUCCAAGCAGAAGUGACUCCUGUUUCUCCUGUGUUGUGUUUUGCUGACAGUGCUGUUCAGGCUAACUCAACGCCCGAGGAACAAACAUAUUUAAGAAACUCCACAGUGUUGUAUUAUCAAAUAGACCCGAGCUGUGCUGUAGAUGUGAACUGCAGUGAUAGGGAGGCUGAUUAUGUGGAAGCAGCUUUAGAAUCAAGUUACCCAAAAGAAGCCACUGUAGAAAAUUUGGUUGCUGCUACCAGUAGCUCCUUGGCAUCUUAUGUGCCUGUCACAGAGCACUUUUCUCAAAACACAGGGACCUCCAAAUAUUGUAACGUCCAGUUUCCCUCGAUAGAAGACGGCGCUGUGUUAGUAAAUGGCGGUACCAAUGUGCACACAGAAAAUACUAAGCAGGAGCCCCAAUUCCUUUCAAACUUUCAAGAUGGUUGUCUCAGGGCUUCUGAGGGUGACCUUUGUGCGUCUGAGCCAACUGUGCAGAGCAUGUUUUGCCAGUCUGAAGGUCUGAAGACCCCAGAGGAAGCCCCAGCAGUGAGCCCAGUAACUCUGUAAUCUGUUUCUGUAGCUAGUUUGCACAAUUGCCUGUAGCUUUUUGCUGAUUUAAAUGUCUAUUUAUUUAGGAUUUUUUUUCAUAAAACACAAAUUUUUUAAAAAAACAUAGCCGAAGAUUAAAGUUAGGGCUUUUUAAAAGAAAAGGUGGAAGAUUUAUUCAAUCUGGAUUCAAACAGAAACUCAUCCCUUUCUGACUACCCAAAAGGCUGGAGGUAGAAGAUAAUUGCAGACUGCAGUAGCCUGGUUUUGAGAUCAUGGGGUAGAGUCGACUGUAACAUUUUGGUCUUAAAGAAAAGUCUCUUUCUCCCCAAAGCUGUAAGCCCUUUGUCGCACACGCACAUUUGAACAGUGGUUAGUGUCUGUGGAGCGAAUGCUUCAUAUUAAUUUUGCAUUGUAUUUCAUGCCUAUUCCAGCAUCAAUGAAGUCUCUGGUAUUCCUCUGACACAGCUGCCAUUGCUCUUGGCUUCCGGGCAGAUUUGAGUAAUUUUAUUGGAAGUUUUACCCCAAAGGGGACGCGUAGAAGUCUUGAAUGGAAACCUUCCAAGGCAAAAAGAGGCAGCUCAAAAUAUAGGGGCCAAAUUGAGGGUUUCCGAAAUAAGAUGAACUGCCCAGCCCUUAAAUGUAAACUGUUUGCUUCAUGGAUCCUGAAUAGUCACCUGCAUGUUGGCUGCACCACCUUGGGUUGUACAGAAGUUGGUUCUUACACCUGUCAUUUUAAAUCUUGCUACUCUUCCUUAUGGCUACUUGUUCCCCUGUUGCAUGCUGAUUAAGAGGCAUUGACUCCAUGAGAAAAUAUUUGGCAACCUUUUUUUGGGGAGGGAGGGCCACUGAUAUCAAGAUUCACUGUAAUGUGUUUGGACGGUGUUGUGUAUUUGGUGAAGGGUGUCUUUAUUCUGUCUGUUAGCACAUUUUUUUUACAUGGAGAGAGUGCUCCCUUUUGAAUUGGGCUUAAACUUUUAUUUGCACAGAAUCUGGAUAUAUGCACACUCUGGUGCUAGCUUCCCGCUCUCAAAACUGCUUUGCGAAAUGCCCAAAUCAGGACUUACAAAGUACUUUAAAAAUGUUCUCUCUCGGGGUGAGAGGGUCAUGUUGAUGAGAAAAUUGCAAUUACUUUUUUUCUGCCAUUUCUGAUUCUACCAGUUGAGGGAAAUGUAUUUGCCCAUUCCCUAAACAGUUGAUAA